UUUCAACGUUUUUUCCAUUAAAAACAAAUAUAUGCUGCCCCAAAUGCACCUAAACUUUAUAUUACAUUAUAACAUUACAUAACCCUUCUCUUCAUUCUGUCCCAAAAAUAACUCAUUUUUAUUCCAUUCCACACCCUCAAAAUUGUGGUCAAUUUUUUCAGAAGAUGGGAUCAUUAGAAAGGUCAAAAAAGAAAACCCUUUUAUGGAAGAAAGCCAUGCUUCAUUUUUCUCUAUGUUUUGUAAUGGGUUUUUUCACAGGCUUAGCUCCAACAGGUAAAUCUUUAAUCUUUUCCACCAAAGUUGAAGUUGCAACUUUAAAUGGAACAAAUUUUUCAGCACCUCAACCUUCUCAAAUUUUAACAAAUGUCAACAAAAGUUGGAUAGCUCAGGCACCUAAAAGGCAUAGAAUUCAUAGCCAAAAAACAACAAAUUUGGAAGUAAAAUCACUACCACAAUUGAAGCCAAAAAGACUUGUAAUCAUAGUAACUCCAACAAGCACAAAACUACCUUAUCAAGAUGUUUUUUUGAGAAGGUUGGCAAAUACCAUAAAACUUGUUCCUCAACCAUUGCUUUGGAUUGUUGUUGAAGCAAAAACAGAAUCCAAUGAAUUGUCGGAGAUAUUAAGGAAAACUGGUAUCAUGUAUAGACAUGUUGUUUUCAGUGAAAAUUUUACUGACUUAGAAGCUGAAUUGAAUCAUCAGAGAAAUUUAGCACUUGGUCACAUUGAACAUCAUAGGUUGAGUGGGAUUGUUCACUUUGCUGGACUUAACAAUGUUUAUGAUCUUCAAUUCUUCCAACAACUUAGAGAUAUUGAGGUGUUUGGGACAUGGCCAACGGCAUUAUUACUUGCAAAUAGAAAGAGAGUGAUAAUUGAAGGGCCUGUAUGUGACUCAUCUCAAGUAAUUGGAUGGCAUUUAAGAAAUAUGAACAAUGAGACAAUCACUUCUCCUAUUCAUAUUUCAAGUUUUGCAUUCAAUAGCUCCAUUCUUUGGGAUCCUGAGAGAUGGGGUCGCACUUCUUCUGUUAAAGAUAGCAAUCAGAAUUCAAUAAAGUUUGUGAAGCAAGUAGUUCUAGAAGAUGAGACUAAGUUGAAGGGAAUUCCAGCAGAGGACUGCUCCAAAAUCUUGCUAUGGCGUUUCCACUUUCAUGUCCGCACCAUUUCCAAGCACUAAUUUCUAACUAUUACAUAAAGUGGAAUGAUAGAGAAAAAUAACGAAUGUUGAAGCAAUUCAGAAAUUGGCCAGUACAGGAAAUAUUGCUUUCACACUACAAAUUAUAUGAAAUUUAUUCAUUUUUUUUUUUUUUACUUUUGCAAUUGUCUUCCGUAUAUAGUUUUAUUCAUUUUUACUUUUUCCAAAAUUUUUGUUAGCUUAUGUAAAAGGGUCUUCUGUUAUGAAGCAAAACAUUUAAAGCAUACUAUUUUUUAUUAUU